AUGAAUCUCGACUACUUGCGCGAAACGAUCGCGUCCCACCCCACCCGGCCGAUCAUCCACCACCUCAACGCCGAUACUUCCUGGCUCCUCCAAAUCCCCAUCCCCUCCUCCUCCGCCCCCUCCUCGUCCACCCCCGCUCGGAGAUACUACAACAUCCUCCUCGACCCCUGGCUCUCCGGCUCCCAGUCCGACGUCGCCUCGUGGUUCUCCCAACAAUGGCACGCCACACCAUCGGCCUACGGCUCCAUCGCCGAGGUGCAGGACCUGUGCGCGACCGUUGAAGCCAUCGCCGCCGGUGAUAAUUCGAGAGUCAAGGCGGACGGGAAGAAUUACUUUGACGCGGUGGCGAUCUCGCAUGAGUUUACAGAUCACUGUCAUCGGCAGACUCUGGAGGAGGUGGAUAAGAGUGUACCGGUGUUUGCGUGGGCGAAGGCUGCCAAGUUGAUCAGGGGCUGGAAGUGGUUCAAGAAUGUAGUGGAGAUACCCGCGUUCAACAAGGACUGGAGACAAACGAGCAAUGAUCCUUUACCUGAGUGGCUCGGAAUCGGACGCCUCUUCAACGAGUCAGACGGGCUAUACUAUCACGCCGCCCUAACCAUCACCUUUGCCCUCUCCCCCUCCUCUCCCGCCGAAGUCGUCAUCUACACUCCACACGGGUUGCACGCGCCCACCCUCACUCCUAUCCCACUCGCUGAUCCGCCCGUCCGACCCCUCUGCCUCCUGCACGGGUUGCACGACGUCCACCUCGACUGGCGGCAGCAGCUGAACCUCGGCGCACACCAUGCGCUAGCAGCCCAGCGGAUGUUGGGCGCCAAGUACUGGAUGGGGACGCACGACGAGGAUAAGAAGGGGACAGGGGUCGUCAGUUGGUUCUUGAGACGAAAGUGUUAUUCGGUGGAUGAGGCGGUGGAGAGGGAGAUGAAGACGGCCGAGGCGGAGACGGAGAAGGCGGGCGCGGUGGAUCGGGGAGAAUGGGAUGAGAAGAAGGGGAAGUGGCAUCCGACGGGGUGGAGGGACAUGGGGAAUGGGGAGGCAAGGGUGUUGAGGGAGGAUGGACUAUAA